ACACAGAUUAAAGAGUCAACUGCCAAAGAGUUGAAACUUGCAACUUGAAAACAGUGGUGUAAAUUAAAUCAUUUUCCCUUUUUCAGAUACAAUAAAAUAAUAAUCGUAUUCCUUAAGCGUUUAGAAUAUUGUACACCUUCUAUCAAUUAAAUAAUUAUGUCUGUAGCGGGUCAAGUAACUCUUCAACAGCUGCAGCAAGAUUUACAGAAUGAGUUGACUACAUCUAAUCAACUAUUACGACAAAUUUCCAUGGAAUUGCAACAAAUCAAACAAUUGACUAGCAGCGGGGGUGAAUUAGAAGCACAGAUCAUUCAGAAUGCUUCUUUAUUAUCUACACUCGCCAACAUGCAACAAAUUGAUACAACCAAUUUACCAAGGGUACAAAGAAAGAAUAUUGACUUAAAUAUAAAUCACACAAUGCAAAAUGUUUCAUAUGAACAACAUGAUUCAUUCCGAAAUGCGUCUGACAUGGAUGAUAGUCAAUAAAUGCCAACACUAUUGUUUAUUGAAUUGAAAUAUGUAUGAAGGCAUAUCCAUGUAAUCCCCAAAAGAUUGUAUUCAAGUGCAGUAAAGACGAGGUUACCAUGAGCCCCUAUUUAGUUAUAAAGUAGGUAGCAACUUAUGAAAAUGUGCUUUGUAAUAAUAAUAAUUUAUUUAAUGUCAAGUUUUGGUUAGUUUAGUUAUAAAUCUUGGACUAAUAACUAAACUAGAUGCAUUUUUAGAAAAGACU